UUCACUCAUGCAUGGUCACACAGUGUGACAGCCCAGACAUGGGUGGAAAAGGGUCCCAGCUCCGUGUAACCGAGCGACAUCUGCGUCUCCAGGCCGAUGCGCCAUAAACUGACAACAAACAGAGGGCAACUUUUUCUUCUUCUUCUUAUUAUUAUUAUUGUUGUUACGGGAAACUACUUACGGACCCAGGACAGACCAGGGAGCUGGAAAAGUUAGUUCGUGAGGGUUUUUUCUUUUUUUUUCUUUUUUUUUCUUUUUUGCGGCAACAUUUAAAGCAAACAAACAAAAAAAGAGCUGAUGCAAUUAUCAGAGAAGUAAGUCUUCAGGGAGCCUCUCAGCAGGAGGUCUCGACGCUUUUCCGACCAUGCCACCGCUGACGGGCUGAUGGAUUUCAUCUUCCUGUGAAACUUUGACAUCUUCAUGACGGACAAACGCUGAAGUGACCCGAACCCCGCAUCUCCCCCGACUCCCUCUGGUCGUCAGGAGGGAGUUAAUGAAGAAGUCUGAAGGUGUCAAACGGGUUGUGAACCUUAGUCGAUGGAUUUGUCACCUUUAAUUCAAGAGUUUUUCACCUGUACUUUCUCCGUAGGCUAGAAACGUGGAAGCAUGGGCGACUGGAGUUUUCUGGGGAGGCUGCUGGAGAAUGCUCAGGAGCACUCAACAGUCAUCGGCAAAGUCUGGCUGACCGUCCUCUUCAUCUUCAGGAUCCUGGUGCUCGGCGCCGCGGCCGAGGAGGUCUGGGGCGACGAGCAGUCCGACUUCACCUGCAACACCCAGCAGCCCGGCUGCGAGAACGUCUGCUACGACGAGGCCUUCCCCAUCUCGCACAUCCGCUUCUGGGUGCUGCAGAUCAUCUUCGUGUCCACGCCGACCCUCAUCUACCUGGGCCACGUGCUGCACAUCGUUCGCAUGGAGGAGAAGCGGAAGGAAAAAGAGGAGGAGAUGCGCAAAGCGAACAGGUUUCAAGAGGAGAAGGAACUCCUUUACAGAAACGGUGGCGAUACCGGAGGCAGCGGGAAGAAGGAGAAGCCGCCCAUCAGAGACGAGCACGGCAAAAUCCGCAUCAGAGGUGCGCUGCUGCGCACUUAUGUGUUCAAUAUUAUUUUCAAGACCCUGUUUGAAGUGGGUUUCAUUUUGGGCCAGUAUUUCCUGUAUGGCUUCCAGCUGAGGCCCCUGUACAAAUGCGCACGUUGGCCGUGCCCCAACACCGUUGACUGCUUCAUAUCAAGGCCCACUGAAAAGACCAUUUUUAUUAUAUUUAUGCUUGUGGUGGCUUGCGUGUCUCUUUUGCUGAAUUUGUUAGAGAUCUAUCACCUCGGAUGGAAGAAACUCAAGCAGGGCAUGACGAACGAGUUCGUCCCCGACAGCGAGUCGCUGCAGCGCGCCAACGCUGAAGAGCCUCAGUGUUUGGCCUCGGCCUCCAGAACUGUCCCAUCCAGCCUCAGCUACCCUCCCAACUACAUAGACGUGACAGCAGGCAGCGGGGCGUUCCUGCCACCUGUAAGGCCGGCGACGAUGGUUUCAGCGGCGGAGUUCAAGAUGGGUGACCUCCAGCAGGAAGAGUCCCUUCAGCAGUCUUCUUCCCCUUCUCGAUACUACAUCAGCAACAACCACAGGCUGGCCACGCAGCAGAACUGGGCCAACCUGGCCACCGAGCAGCAGACUCGGGAGAUGGGUUCCCCUUCGCCAUCCUCGUCUUCUUCUGCCAACAAUGAGAACGAACAGCAGCAGACGCCGGCUGGUGCUGCGCUGCUUCUUUCCAGCAACAACACCAACAGCAACGCCAACACCACCACCAACGCCGCCUCGGGCAGCAACGGCGGCAGCAGCCCAGCCACCGACAGAGGCGGUGGAGGAGGCGACAACACACAGGAGGAGGUCCACCGCACCAUAACGACGGUGGAGAUGCACGAGCCUCCGCUCAUGGCCAGCACAGACCCUCGGCGGCUCAGCCGGGCAAGCAAGAGCAGCAACGUCAGGGCCAGGCCAAGCGACCUGGCUGUCUAGAAGCGCUUUGGCCCUUUAGUGUCCCCCAACAGCACCUCCGGCUUCCCUCUACCACGCCCUCAAACAAUGUGAUUGUUAAACAAGCAAGGAAAGCAAUACAUACUUGUUUUAGGUAGGAACAAGAUCUAAGAAAAAUACAAAAAGACAAAGUAACAAGAGGCAGGAAAGCAAAUCAGCAUAAAAUGUAGAUGUUAGUUUGGAAUCACUUCCCCAGACAGAAGGGUCCAGUUCACCCGACGCUCCCAGGCCCCACCAAUCUAAGUCCUGUUCUGGCUUUCAAAUAUUUGAUCCCAUGGCCUAACAAAAACGUAUCAAUU